AUGAAGUAAAUUGGUCAUUAUACAUACGAUGAAAUAAAUUGUCUCGGAUAAGGAGCAUAUGGCAAAGUCUAUGAAGGAUUAAAUACUCUCAAUAAUGAAACUGUUGCUAUAAAGAAGUUAGACUUGAUUCUAUUUGAAAAGGAUAAGUAUUUACGUAAACAAAUAGGUAAAUCAUCUAUUCAAUAUCAACAAAGUUCAGGAGAUAGAAAUAAUGAGUAAACUCAAUCAUAAAAACAUAGUAAAAUUUGUUGAGCUCUUGGCUACUAAGAAAUCCUUAUUUAUAGUGACUGAAAUUUGUCAUAAUGGAGAUCUUAAAUCAUUAAUUGCUAGCAAGAAUAUUAGUGAGUAACAAGUAUGUAAAUCCUAUUAUGUCAUAGGCUAUUGACAUUAUGCUAUAAAUAUUAGAAGGUUUCAAAGAAUUAAUUAAGAGUGGUGUUAUUCAUCGAGAUAUGAAACCAGCCAAUGUUCUCAAUGAUAAGGGUACUGUUAAAAUUGCUGAUUUCGGAUUUGCUAAAUAUGUUGAGAAUUAUUCCUCAUAAUUACUUAAAUCUUGUGUAGGAAGUCCACUCUAUAUGGCACCAUAAGUUUUAGAAAGACAUCAUUAUAGUACCAAAUGUGAUAUUUGGUCACUUGGAGUAAUUUUUUAUGAAAUGUUACACUUUGAUGUACCAUGGAAAGGGAGAGAUGAAGAGGACCUUUUACACAAUAUAAAAACUUAACCAUUACAAUUUAAAAAUGACCUUAGUACAUUUUCAAAACAAUUUCUUACCAUAGUAAAUAUUAUUCUAUUUUUGAUAGACUCUUGUAAUUGAAGAAGAAAACAGAGCUUCAUGGAAUCAGAUUUUUGAACUCUCUAAUAAUUCUGAGUUAUAUAAAUCAAUAUCUUCUGAAGAUAUUAGUGAAGAAAGUAUUUAAAAAUUACCUACUUGGAUUUAAAGACCUAGUAUUUAAUAAAAAUAAGACAAAAAAGUAGAUGAACAGAAACUAUAAUAGAUAGAAGAAUUAUAAUAAUUAAGAAAACAAUUAGCUUAUUAACACUUCAUAAUGACUGAAUGUUAUACAGAAUAAAUUAUUAAUGAGAACAAUGACUGUAUUAACAUAUUGAUCAAUUAUUUGAAUGAAAAUAUUGUUAAAAAAUCAGUAUAUUUGAUAUAAGUAAUUUUGAUGAAUAAAAUAGACAAGCAUUGAUUUGUAUCAAAGAUUUUCAUAAAAAAAUUUAUUAUGGAAAAUGUAAGAAUAAUUAAAUAAUGAACAUAAUUAUUAUUUGUAAAUGUAGAUUGAUUUUAAAUAACAAUUAUCUCAGAACUAAUGUUUUGAUAAACCAAAUGAUAAAUAAAUAAAUGAAGCAAAGAAUUAAUUGUUAAAAUGUAAUAAUACAAAUGUAAAUAUUUGAUUAUUGAUAAUUUAGAUAGGCUGCAUAAAUGUUGUUAAAUUUGAUAGAUAAUUAUAAUUGGAUAGAGUGA